UGUUACAAACGUCCUGUUUUAUUUGUUGUGGCAACACCAUCCUAUUCUGGGCGAGGCUGAAUAACGCUCGGCAGAGAGGGUUUUAGAACCUCCGACCUUAGAAAUGGAGACAAAGCUCGUCCAGAUAACAUGCUUUCAGAUUCUUCCCACUCCCAACAACUCUGCUUCAUUGUUUUGGAAAGCUCCACAGAAGAUUCCAAAUCCUACUAUUCUCAGAAUCAAGCCUCUUACCGUCCUAGUUCCACACAGAUGCAAGUCAGUCCAAGAACAAGACCUUGAAGGGCUUCCCAAAGAGUUCUAUGAUGAUGAAUGGCAAGCCAGGCAAAGGGAGAAGAACAAAGAAUUGCAGAGAUUGCGAGUUGAGGAAGAAAAAGAGGAGGAAGACAAGGUUGAAGAAUACAGGGAAAUUGCUUUGCUCUUGAAAGAUUGUCCUGCAGAAGACCUCUGCAAUGCCAAAAAAUUGGUAGCCUCAUUUAUUAGAUCAGCUGAAGAAGUUGAAGAGAAAAUUGAGGAGGCCGUGGUAAAAGGUGAACUAAAUGAACUUGUUCUGAUGGUAAUAUGGAGUCGUCUCGAUAUUGCCAAGCGUGAUGAUGAGAAAGAUGCUAUUCGAAGUCUUGAUCUCUUAUACAGGCGGGUUGAGAUGGAAAUUCUGAAAAGUGAGGCAACUGCUGCCUUAAGACUGCUCAAUGAUCUUCUGAAUCUGCAUGAUGGAUAUGACGAUGAAGGGUGGCUGAAGGCAUGUAGAAAAGUUAUGGUUGAUACAUUCCCAUGCGAGGAGGAUCCAUUCAGUAUUCUUCUGCCUGCAGGAUUUGACAUGGACAGUCUCCACGGUCCAGUCAGACCACCUGUAGAUGCUGAUGACGUACUUCUGAGAGUAGAUUUUGUUAGAGAGGUUGAUGCACUGCUACAAGAGGUUCGAGAAGAACAAAGGAAAGCAGUGAAUACAAAAGGUCUUGAUCCCGAAACCGUCGCAAUUCGGUUGAAGCAGCAGGAGAAACAAAGAGCCAUUCACCAAGUGGAAGCACUUUUAGAUCUUGCCAUUAAUUUGAAGUGGUAGAAAGUCAAGAACCACCACAUGCUGCUUGUGAAUCCUUACCACUUCUUUAUGUUGAGUCUAUGUAGUAUAUCAAAGUAUGGGUGAAGGGGGACAUUCUAUGCGCAACAGCAUUACAUGCUUAGGUCACACCUUGUCAUUUUUAUCAUACCCCCUGAAGUCCAUGUAUCUCUUGAAUAGUUGAAAAAAGUAGAGUAAUGGUUCUCACGAGAGAACCAAAAUCAUCUUAAUCUCUAUAAAUUAUAUCUGGUGCAUUCUGCUGUGUUGGGCUGCUGAAGUGGAUGAAGUCAUGUAGAAGAAUGCAUUGUGCUGUCUUCUUCAGAUGCUCUCUUGGUGGCUACUAGUGGAUCAUUCUCUUCGUCAUCAAUUGCUACCGGUCGCUCAAACUCAGCACCCUUGAGAACAGGGUGCACAUAAGCAUUCCCGAGAUAAACUUUCAGGUUCAGGUUGGGUUCUGUUGCCUUUUCCACUGUAUCCUUCACCAUUGCUUCCUGAGAAUCACACAAUCAACCAUCAAAGAAAUGUAUUUUAGCUGAUGAGCAAGUGCUAUAUUUCUUCCCGAAUUCAAGAUAGAUUUGCUAUACCUGCAAUGGGAACUUGACAAACACAGAUUCAAACCGCUCCUUGCAGAAUUUAUGAAACCAGAUUGUUAGAACUAGGAGAACAAGGAUGAAUGGGGUUGAUUUGGCUGCAUUUUUUGUGCUCAUCAGUCCCAUCAGUUGGAUCUGGGAAAUGACGAGACCAAUGACUAUACGACGAUGAACAUCUGGCCAGAAUGCAGCCCCACUUUCAUACUUCUGGUUGUACACAUUGAUGAUCUGGCAACAAGAAAUGAAGAAACCAUAGGCAUAAAUUUAUAAUAAUAGUUUCUCGAUAUAUCUGUCUUUUGAGAAGCAUAGAAUUUUGAGCGCACCUGAUGGCGGAAAAUCAUGUAUGCAAGUGCAAAGAAGACAAUUAUGAAAGGGAGAAGUAUAGGUGUGAUAACAGCAUAUACUAAUCCAAGUAAGAAAUAAAGCUGUAUACGAGGUUCUGAUGUAGAAAACACUAUAGAACCAGGAUUCAUAGUCUCCUUCCUCUCCCUUUCUGUCUUCACCAAGAAUGCAUCCUUAGUGUGAAACUUCACUAAUGGAGAUAGUCUAAGAACCUCUGCUGCAACGCCUGCCCAACCAUCAACCAUUAUGUAGCUGAUAAAGAAUGUGGCUUUUAUUGGAAUUGCUACUCCUAUAGUCUUCGGAAUGCUGCAAUAGAUUUUUGUAGCCAAGGUAAUCAAGAUUUCAUGGCUUCAUGCUACAUACUAAGUGCCCACAUUGUAACCUUGUUUUUUUUCCUAUCAGCCUUAUUGUUUGCUUUUUUUUUUUACCAAUCGACUUUUUAUUUUAUUUUAUGCCCUGACUUGGUUAAUAAUGAAAAGAGGUGGUACCUCCGUCCCAAAAUAAAAGUUACAAAACUUUUGGGCACAUAAAUUAAGAAAGUGGGAUAAAGAAUCUAAACUACUUCCCCCUUUUACUGUCGCAUCAAAAUGUUCAGCAAGUUUGUAAUGACUAAGUUGGAGAUUAAAGUAAAAGGGAGGUAAAGUAUGAAUUGUGUGUAGGAUCAUUUGCAAUAUGUAACUUAUAUGUAGCAUUCUUUAGGCAAUAUUAAUCUUACCAUACAGACUCUUGUUGUAAGUUUUGGUCUCUGUUCUGUAAUUAAAUCAGGAUUGGACACUGACCGAUUCAGGCCCCUCUAGAUAAAAAUUGGACCCAGUUAUACCGGUCCUGUUCCAGGUCGGGCAUAACUUACAGUUUCAGGUCCAGUUUAGAACCGGGAUGGGCCCACCCCUAAAUUUAAACAAGUUGAAGUAGCAGCAAUUUUAUUGAUAUGCUGUGUUUGAGGAAAAAAGUCCUACUCUGCUGCUGUUUGAUUAAGGAACUUGUGAAGUUGUUCAAAUGCAGUUCCUGUGAUGAUACUUCCAAGGAAGACAUUGACAAGAAGAAAUAAAUGAUUUUUUGCAGCAGAACUUCUCUCCAGAGACGAAAGUGAUGUCAGACCUAUUUUGCUCAUGCUCAUAAGGAGUUUAGGGUUGUUAGCCUGAAAUAGCUUCAAUGAAAUUCCAGGAAGAAACCCUUGAAUGAAAGACUUAAUGAAAUCCCUGCCAUAACAUAUUAUUCAGCAAUGUUUGAAGAAAUCUUCCUAGCUUUCCUUAAACUCAAGAAACCACUCACUUUUCUAUCAAUGGCGUCAAGAAAGGAAAAACUUUUUCGAUGCCUUGAAUGCUUGCGAGAGACUGAACGAAUGCAGUGGGAAUCAUAAAAAAGAAAGUAAGAAAGAAAAAGGCAACUGCCAUGAGGAGACUUCGGAUUUUGAGUUCAGCAUAUGGUAUGGAAAGAUUACUCCAAAAGAUAUCACGUGGUUCAGGUGCCCAUUCUGUCAUCCAAAUGGUGGGAUUACUUGAUUGUUGGGUUUGAGCACAGACUGCUGCUCCCCAUCUAGAUUUAAAUGAAACAAAAGCAGCUGGAACUAUUGCCUUGGGAUCACUUAAGAUCUUCUCUUUCUCUUUAGCUUCCUAAGUCAAAGAAUAUAACCUAUUAUUACGAUAGCAUAUAAGAGGGAGGCCCAACAGAAAGACGCAUUGCUCUAGCAUAUAUACAAUAAUGGUGUGGCAUGGUUUAUGCAAAUAAUUCAUGUUAAGAUCGUCAUGUUUCAUGAGGUGCGUUCCAAAUAGCGACAUUGUAAUAAGAACGACUUGCAACUUUUUUCACUCUCUUUAUUAUGUUCAAUGCUUUCAGAAUUUCAUUUCAUUAUAGUGACAGUGGUAAUGACGUACUUGCAAAAUAAAUAGGAAACAUAUAAAUAAUUUAUGGAGUUGUGUUUAAGGCACUUACCAUUUCAUCCAAAUAUUUGAUUUCAGCUGUGUAAUAGUCGAUGGAGUCGACUGUUUCCCCCCAUAGUCCCCAAAAUCCUGUCUAUACAUGAAGAAAGAUUAGAUUAUGUAAUAGACAUGCAAAUUAAUAGAACUUUAGAUUGGUUUGAGAUCAUCCACUUGAGCUGUAAGGUACAUGAGUCAAACCACACUAAAAGAUUGAUUUCAACCUAUUAAGACAUGUUUAGUCCAAGGUCUUAUUAACUCAUUUUCUAAUAAUAUUUAUUUCUUCAAUGUGUGACUUUCAACAAAAAAUGAAACGUUAGCAGAUAUUCAAAUUCGUUUUCGGAAAAAGAUAACCUUUAUUUUGCUUUUCUCGGUGAGAUCCCUGUCAUACUUUGUCUGAUAAUAAAUGAGCCAAUUUUGCAAUUUCUUCUUCUUCUCCACAAUCUUUGCUAGCUUGUUAGUAUUGUAUACAACCUAAAACUUCAACAGCGUUCGUUAUGGUCACAUAGGACAUUGAAUUGAAGGAAAGGGCACAAUAUAUCUGAUGAGUAUGAUUAGCAGCUUUGUAUAAUAGAGAACACUUCAGCGAGAGACAGACCUGGUGUAGAAGGUAAGUUUCUGGAUGGUUUACACAAAAGAAAUGCUCAAUAUGCUCACUGAUUGAUUCAUCGGUGUCUUGGUGGAUGUUUCUCACAAGGACCUUUAAGAUGAAGUCAAAUGGUAAACAGAGUAGAAAAAUAAAAAUAGGAUCCAUAAACUUUUACACCAUGAAUUACUAACAGUGAACUGAUCAGGACGGCGCUUUUCUGAUGCAAGAAACUGCAGCCUCAUGUUAGAUACAAUUUCGUACUCUUGAUAUAGAACAUAUAAGGUCCAAAAUGAGAAUGCAUAAGCCAUUGCUAUGUGUGCCCAUAACCUGGAAAUUGGAAUAAACAGCAAUUAAGAGGAGUGGGAAUAGAUUUCUGUUUUUUUAUUGUAUCCUCGAGGGCAUUAUUCUAUUGGCGAUGCUAGGUGAAAAAAAUGCCUCCUUAUUUUGCGCACAGAAGAAUAUGUUAUCAAGGACAGAGCUAGGACUCUGUUUUAAUUUUUUACUACCUUUGUGUCAUUAAACAUUGCCAACUUUCCUUAUUUGAUUUAUAAAACUUUGCUACUUUUCUUUUUUAGUAAUUAAUUUGUGGUUAAUAUUAUCUCUCUCCUUUGCAUAAGCCCAGUAUUUACUUAUAUUCUGUCAAAGAUGGCAAUGUUCAAGGCAAGGGAGUACUAUUUAUAGAUCUAUAUUUCUGGGUGGCCAAGCUGAAACUUUUAUUAAAACUUUAUAGGAGUUUGCCUUGUACAAUAAUAUACUGUGCGAUAAAAGGGAGAAUAACAUAAAUGGGAAAAAUAAUGCUUACUUUGGUGAUCCAGAAGGGACAUUCGAUAUUGACAGUUUAUCAAUCUCACUGAAUGUUAAGUCCUGAAUAUUUUGCAGUGACCCACCAGUCCAAUUAACAGGAAUUAAGAUGGAAAAGGCAAGAAAUGCAAUGGGUACAAAUAUUUUCAAUCUGCAUUUCAGUUUUUGAAUGAAAUUAGAUGGUCUGAAACUCUGAAUAUAACUGUUUAAAUUGGGAAAAAGACUUGGUAACCAAUUGGGAAAACACAGUUAUGUAUUUUUUUAAUUUUUUUAGCUACAAUUAAACUCAUCAUAGUUAGAAAAACUAUAUACUGCAUAUGUUUUUUACAUCUGUUAAAAUCUGAUUUUGGAAACUGAAGAGAGAAUGAUGGGUUAAUAAGACAUUGAGUUGAACUAGCAAGGAGAUUGAAUUCAUUCUUGUAGUUUAAUUAUAACUCAGUUGAUUGACCUCAACUAAUCUUGAAUCUUAUUAACUUCCAUGGUCUUUAAAAGAAGACAUGACCAUUCAGCUAUGAGCACUCACCCAAGAAGGUAAAUUCGUAUAUACACAGCGGAGUCAAGACCUGCAUGAUCUAUGAUUUCAGGCUGUGGCAUGUUCAGUGCUGCAGGAAUCCAAUUCAAGAGCUUUAAGUAUGUUCUGAAGUCCAAGUUGACAAACUUCUGGACUGAAGGUCCAGAACUUGUUGGGCUUUCUCUUAUACCCUUCAAGUACCACUUUGGGAAGUAUACCCUAUCAUUAACUGGUUGAAGUCUUAGAAUUGCAAAUGCCAAAAGAAAUGUCAGUGCAGAAAAAAGGAAUAAAUUGUAUCAGUUUCAUAGUCCAUUCUUGAUCUCAGACUCUCAGUAACAUUGUUCAGGUGGUGAGGCAAAUAGUUUGGGCAGACUGAAGGGUAAACUGGUCGGUAUUUGGUGGGAGAAGGCCAAAGAAGGAACAUCACACCAUUGUUUUUAAUUAUGGUUAAUUUUGGUAAUGUUUAGCUUGAGUGAUUCUCCUGUAUGUCCGGCGACCAAUCGAGCCUUGGAUAAUUUUUUGCAUUUUUUCUGAAUACCAAUGGCCAAUUCAGCAUUCUUGCUGCGGUUAUUUACUUGUUAUUUUGUUUAAUUAUCGCUUUCUUUGUAUUUUAUCCAAUUGUUGUUAGGGUUUGAUGUUGAGUUCUCCCUUCUAAAACUCAAUAAUAUGUUAGUUAAUGUUGUAGGCAAAAUAUAAUAUUUGCACCUCAUGUUUAUUCCAACAUUAGAUUUUG